AUGGGGAAUUGCCAGGCAGUGGAUGCGGCGGCGCUAGUGAUACAGCAUCCAUGUGGGAAGCUGGAGAGAAUGUACUGCCCUCUCACCGCCAGUGACGUCAUGAAAACCAACCCCGGCCACUACGUUUCUCUUAUUAUCCCGCUUUCCGCCGCCGCCGACGGCGGCUCCGGCGGCCAUGAGAGAAAAUCAUAUGACGUCAUCAACAAGAGCCCCGUUCGGUUUACACGUGUCAAGCUUCUCCGACCAACCGAUACUUUGUUUCUUGGCCAUGCCUAUCGUCUUGUCACCACUCAAGAGGUUAUGAAAGUGAUUAGAGCAAAGAAGCAUGCAAAGAUGAAGAAGAAGAAUCUGCUGUCAGAAUCCGAGCCUGAAUCAGGGAACAAUAUUGAUCAGGCCGACUGCAAAAACCGAGAGCGGUCGGGAUCGACAGAUGUAGCGGCGGGAAGGGGCAAAUCGUGGCGGCCAUCUUUGCAGAGUAUAUCUGAGGCAGGAAGCUAAUUAAUCAUGCUUAUAAUUAAUUAUGGAUGGUAUUAAUUACAAAAUUCUUCAACAUGAAAAAAUAUAAGUCUUGUUUGUAAUUUUGUUGUUGUAUAGGGACUCGGAAGCAAAAUAGAGACUCUUUUUUUCUCGAUGUACACACUGAAAUUUCAGUAUACCAACAUAAUCUUGUUUUUCUUUA